AACAUAAAAAACUUUGUUGCGCCCCAAAAGUGGAGUAAGAAGAACCUCAUCAUACAUAUCAACCUGUCUCACAUACACAAAUUCACUUUUUUGUUUUGGUUUUGGUUUUGGUUUUGUUUUUGUUUUUGUUUUUGUGGGAUCUUAAAAAAAAAAAAAAAAAAAAUACAGAGAAAGAGAGAGAGAGAGGGAAGAAGAAUAGAAACCUUUUAAGCUCAAUUUGCCACGCCCCGCCAGUAGUUACAUCAUCUGGCCUAUAUAACACCAGACAAUAUUUUUGAGUUUGAUUUGUGGAGAAAAGAGAAGAAGAAGAAAGAAAGAAAGAUAUCAGAGAAAAAGAGCAAGAGCAUGGAUUGGAAUAGCAACUUAAGGCUUGUUUCAAGGCCUGAAUGUUCCUAUGGCUUCCUUUACAACUACAACUACGAUCAGUACCAGGGUAUGGAUAUGAAACAUCAUCAAGCAGCUUUGAUGGGAGAGACAACACAAGGGCUAGGGCUACUUGGUGUUCCUUCAAUGGAGAAGGUGAACGGGAGUAGUAGCAGUUAUGGGAGUCAUCAGGACAAGAAGAAGAGAUUAACGACAGAUCAGUUGGAGUCGUUGGAGAGGAGCUUCCAAGAGGAGAUAAAACUGGACCCUGAUAGGAAGAUGAAGCUGUCAAGAGAUUUAGGCCUUCAGCCUCGCCAAAUCGCUGUUUGGUUCCAGAAUAGGCGUGCUCGUUGGAAGGCUAAGCAGCUCGAGCGCCUGUAUGAUGCCCUUAAACAAGAGCUUGAUGCCAUGUCUAAAGAGAAGCAGAAGCUCCAAGAGGAGGUGAUGAAACUGAAGGGCAUGCUAAGAGAGCAAGGUGGGUGGAAGCAAGUGUCGACUACAGGUGGUUAUACAGAAAUUUCCGGCGAGGAUACGGUGGAGAGCACGUCGGCCGGAGCUAUUCGCAGCACUAGCAAGUCACUAGGAACGAAUCCCAUGGGUGCUGCUGCUGAGUGCAGUCAUCACAUUCUCAAUGUGGAGGAAUACAACCCUGUAUCACCACCUUACUGGCUCCCUUCUUAUCCUUAAUUAUUAUUAAUCCUUAUUAUAAUUAUUCAAUUAAGUUGUUAAUAAUAAUUACCUAAUUAUUAUUAUUACUAUUAGUCUAAUAUUAAUCAAUCAUUUCCUAGCUCUACUAUGUACCUCUCUCCAUGUGAUAUGAUGGAUUAAUUAACAUAUAUCUAAUCGAUAGAUAUGCAUGUAUUCUCUAGCUACUAUAUAAUUAAGCAAGCAUAUAUUGUACUUUUCAACUUAAUUAGCAAUAUUGAAUGAAUAUUAGUUAAUAAUUA